UGGCGUAUGGGGCCGUUGCUCACAGGAGGCUUUAUGCUGCGUGAUCGUGCAAUGCCCAUGCGCCCCCGCUCGUCUGUGCGCGUUCGGCAAUUGCGCGCUCCUGCAGCAAGCAGUGACGAAGGUGGUAGUGAUGGAGAUCAUGAUGGAUCUUUAAGAACAAAAGAAGAUGACCUUGAUGUUGAUGGUGAGCAAGUGCAAGACCCCGCCAUUGAUACGCACGACUACGAAACUCGGAAUGAACAAGGCACAGCCAUGUAUCGAUUGCAAAGAAAACAAAGUCAGCGGGGUCAAGAUGAAAAAACGGCAGGCGGAGGUCAGGAGGACAUCAAGAAAGAAGAGAGUGCUGGAAGUGGAGG